AUGGUCGCCGCAACGAACUCUUCCGCCGCCACAACGCCCUUCCCCGACCUCGACGACCCGUCCCAGGUCGAGGAUUACCUCAAGGACAGGCGCGUCAUCGGCUACGACCCCCUCAUCCAGCCCGCGCUUCUGCGCCAUGAAAUAGUCUCUUCGCACAAGGGCACCGAGACCAUCGCGCGCGCACGCUACACCGCCGCGCGCAUCAUCGCAGGCCGCGACGACCGCCUCAUCGUCGUCGUCGGCCCCUGCUCCAUCCACUGCACAAACCAGGCCAUCGACUAUGCCACGCGCCUCAAGAGCAAGCUCGCCGACUGGCCCAACCUCCACAUCAUCAUGCGAGCCUACUUUGAAAAGCCCCGCACGACCGUCGGCUGGAAAGGCCUCAUCAACGACCCCGACAUCGACGGCUCCUUCAAGAUCAACAAGGGCCUCCGCACCGCCCGCCAGCUCCUCUGCGACCUCACCGACAUGGGCGUCCCCGUCGGCUCCGAGCUCCUCGACACCAUCUCUCCCCAGUACAUCGCCGACCUCAUCUCCUGGGGCGCCAUCGGCGCCCGCACCACCGAGUCCCAGCUCCACCGCGAGCUCGCCUCCGGCGUCUCCUUCCCCAUCGGCUUCAAGAACGGCACCGACGGCUCCGUCGGCAUCGCCGUCGACGCCAUGCGCGCGAGCAGCAACCCGCACGCGUUCAUGGGCGUCACCGAGCAGGGGCUCGCGGCCAUCGUGAAGACGAGAGGCAACGCGGACGUGCACGUCAUCCUGCGCGGCGCGAACAAGGGCCCCAACUACGAGCGCGAACACGUCCGCGCCGCCGCCGAGGCCAUAGAGAAGGCGCGCCCCGGCCGCCUCGGCGCCGUCAUGAUCGACUGCUCCCACGGCAACUCGCAAAAGAACCACAACAACCAGCCCAAGGUCCUCGCCAACAUCUGCGAGCAGCUCCGCGCGGGCGACCGCAACAUCGUCGGCGUCAUGAUCGAGUCCCACAUCAACGCCGGCCGCCAGGACGUCCCCGCCGAGGGCCCCCAGGCCCUCAAGUACGGCGUCUCCAUCACCGACGCCUGCGUCGACUGGGAGACCACCGUCGACAUGCUCAACAAGCUCAACGAGGCUGUGGCGCAGCGACGCGAGACCCUCAUCGCGCAGGGCGUCCUCCGCCCCAAGGCAUCGCACAUCUCGCGCUCCUCAUCCUCGCUCAGCUCGCUCGACGGCAUCCGGGAGUAA